GGAGCGCCUGUGGGAGCCCUGGAGGGAACUUUCCCAGUCCCCGAGGCGGAUCGGGUGUUGCAUCCAUGGAGCGAGCUGAGAGCUCGAGUACAGAACCUGCUAAGGCCAUCAAACCUAUUGAUCGGAAGUCAGUCCAUCAGAUUUGCUCUGGGCAGGUUGUACUGAGUCUAAGCACUGCGGUGAAGGAGUUAGUAGAAAACAGUCUGGAUGCUGGUGCCACUAAUAUUGAUCUAAAGCUUAAGGACUAUGGAGUCGAUCUUAUUGAAGUUUCAGACAAUGGAUGUGGGGUAGAAGAAGAAAACUUUGAAGGCUUAACUCUGAAACAUCACACAUCUAAGAUUCAAGAGUUUGCCGACCUAACUCAGGUUGAAACUUUUGGCUUUCGGGGGGAAGCUCUGAGCUCACUUUGUGCACUGAGCGAUGUCACCAUUUCUACCUGCCACGCAUCGGCGAAGGUUGGAACUCGACUGAUGUUUGAUCACAAUGGGAAAAUUAUCCAGAAAACCCCCUACCCCCGCCCCAGAGGGACCACAGUCAGCGUGCAGCAGUUAUUUUCCACACUACCUGUGCGCCAUAAGGAAUUUCAAAGGAAUAUUAAGAAGGAGUAUGCCAAAAUGGUCCAGGUCUUACAUGCAUACUGUAUCAUUUCAGCAGGCAUCCGUGUAAGUUGCACCAAUCAGCUUGGACAAGGAAAACGACAGCCUGUGGUAUGCACAGGUGGAAGCCCCAGCAUAAAGGAAAAUAUUGGCUCUGUGUUUGGGCAGAAGCAGUUGCAAAGCCUGAUUCCUUUUGUUCAGCUGCCCCCUAGUGACUCCGUGUGUGAAGAGUACGGUUUGAGCUGUUCGGAUGCUCUGCAUAAUCUUUUUUACAUCUCAGGUUUCAUUUCACAAUGCGCACGUGGAGUUGGAAGGAGUUCAACAGACAGACAGUUUUUCUUUGUCAACCGGCGGCCUUGUGACCCAGCAAAGAAGUCUUCCGCAGAUGGCCCCCAGCUUCAGAUGUUUCAACUGAAGACUUUUCUGUCCGGGCGCAGUGGCUCAUGCCUGUAAUCCCAGCACUUUGGGAGGCCGAGGCGGGUGGAUUGCCUGAGGCCAGGAGUUCGAGACCAGCCUGGCCAACAGUUCGAGACCAGCCUGGCCAACAUGACAAAACCCCGUCUCUACUAAAAUACAAAAAAUAACCAGGCAUGGUGGCCCACGCCUGUAAUCCCAGCUACAUGGGAGGCUGAGGCAGGAGGAUCGCUUGAACCUGGGAGACGGAGCUUGCAGUGAGCCGAGAUUAUGCCACUGCACUCCAGCCUGGGUGACAGAGUCUGCAGACUUGUGAAUGAGGUCUACCACAUGUAUAAUCGACACCAGUAUCCAUUUGUUGUUCUUAACAUUUCUGUUGAUUCAGAAUGUGUUGAUAUCAAUGUUACUCCAGAUAAAAGGCAAAUUUUGCUACAAGAGGAAAAGCUUUUGUUGGCAGUUUUAAAGACCUCUUUGAUAGGAAUGUUUGAUAGUGAUGUCAACAAGCUAAAUGUCAGUCAGCAGCCACUGCUGGAUGUUGAAGGUAACUUAAUAAAAAUGCAUGCAGCGGAUUUGGAAAAGCCCAUGGUAGAAAAGCAGGAUCAAUCCCCUUCAUUAAGGACUGGAGAAGAAAAAAAGGACGUGUCCAUUUCCAGACUGCGAGAGGCCUUUUCUCUUCGUCACACAACAGAGAACAAGCCUCACAGCCCAAAGACUCCAGAACCAAGAAGGAGCCCUCUAGGACAGAAAAGGGGUAUGCUGUCUUCUAGCACUUCAGAUGCCAUCUCUGACAGAGGCGUCCUGAGACCUCAGAAAGAGGCAGCGAGUUCCAGUCAGGGACCCAGUGACCCUACGGACAGAGCGGAGGUGGAGAAGGACUCGGGGCACGGCAGCACUUCCGUGGAUUCUGAGGGGUUCAGCAUCCCAGACACGGGCAGUCACUGCAGCAGCGAGUGUGUGGCCAGCACCCCAGGGGACAGGGGCUCGCAGGAACGUGUGGACUCCCAGGAGAAAGCGCCUGAAACUGACGACUGUUUUUCAGAUGUGGACUGCCAUUCAAACCAGGAAGAUACCGGGUGUAAAUUUCGAGUUUUGCCUCAGCCAACUAAUCUCGCAACCCCAAACACAAAGCGUUUUAAAAAAGAAGAAAUUCUUUCCAGUUCUGACAUUUGUCAAAAGUUAGUAAAUACUCAGGACGUGUCAGCCUCUCAGGUUGAUGUAGCUGUGAAAAUUAAUAAGAAAGUUGUGCCCCUGGACUUUUCUAUGAGUUCUUUAGCUAAACGAAUAAAGCAGUUACAUCAUGAAGCACAGCAAAGUGAAGGGGAACAGAAUUACAGGAAGUUUAGGGCAAAGAUUUGUCCUGGAGAAAAUCAAGCAGCCGAAGACGAACUAAGAAAAGAGAUAAGUAAAACGAUGUUUGCAGAAAUGGAAAUCAUUGGUCAGUUUAACCUGGGAUUUAUAAUAACCAAACUGAAUGAGGAUAUCUUCAUAGUGGACCAGCAUGCCACGGACGAGAAGUAUAACUUCGAGAUGCUGCAGCAGCACACCGUGCUCCAGGGGCAGAGGCUCAUAGCACCUCAGACUCUCAACUUAACUGCUGUUAAUGAAGCUGUUCUGAUAGAAAAUCUGGAAAUAUUUAGAAAGAAUGGCUUCGAUUUUGUUAUCGAUGAAAAUGCUCCAGUCACUGAAAGGGCUAAACUGAUUUCCUUGCCAACUAGUAAAAACUGGACCUUCGGACCCCAGGACGUCGAUGAACUGAUCUUCAUGCUGAGCGACAGCCCUGGGGUCAUGUGCCGGCCUUCCCGAGUCAAGCAGAUGUUUGCCUCCAGAGCCUGCCGGAAGUCGGUGAUGAUUGGGACUGCUCUUAACACAAGCGAGAUGAAGAAACUGAUCACCCACAUGGGGGAGAUGGACCACCCCUGGAACUGUCCCCAUGGAAGGCCAACCAUGAGACACAUCGCCAACCUGGGUGUCAUUUCUCAGAACUGACCGUAGUCACUGUAUGGAAUAAUUGGUUUUAUCGCAGAUUUUUAUGUUUUGAAAGACAGAGUCUUCACUAACCUUUUUUGUUUUAAAAUGAACCUGCUACUUAAAAAAAAUACACAUCACACCCAUUUAAAAGUGAUCUUGAGAACCUUUUCAAACCA